GGGUUUUUUCCUGAAGUCCCGCGUGCCCGCUUGGCUAUGUAGCGAUUCAGCAACAACGACUGGGCACCUCCGCACCACGAUGGAGCCCCGAGAUUAUGCACGAGGGAAGGAAAUCGACCCAGAUCGAGCAGGGUGAGUGAGGGUGAGUGAGAAAAGGGUAUAUAAUUCAGCUGAGGUACCCAUGCCGAGAAUUGGGAUGUUACCUGAUUGCUUUUCUUUUCCCUUUGCUAAAUCAUUCCCUGGUCAAAUUGCAACUAGCGUACACAGUACACCAAAUCAGUCAGGCAUUAAUCAAACUAAUCUAAAAGGUUAGUUGGACGAAACAGCGAAGUGAAGUGCAGUGGAACAAUCACUACGACUACGACUACGACUCAAAAACAUGUCUACCACACAAACGAUGAAGGCGGUGAAUUACCAGGGGGCGUUCAAGGUCAAGGUCGAAGAUGUGCCCAAGCCCGCGAUUGAACAUCCGGACGAUGUCAUCGUCAAGGUGACCACGGCUGCGAUAUGUGGCUCCGAUUUACACAUGUACGAAGGACGAACUGGCGCUCAGGCUGGCAUUACCUUCGGCCAUGAGAACAUGGGCAUUGUCGAGGAAGUCGGCGCCGGCGUCACUUUGCUGAACAAAGGCGACCGUGUCGUUAUGCCGUUCAACGUCGCUGAUGGACGUUGUCGCAACUGCGAGGAAGGCAAGACCGCCUUCUGCACGGGUGUCAAUCCGGGUUUUGCAGGUGGUGCCUAUGGCUACGUGGCCAUGGGUCCUUAUCGAGGCGGUCAAGCUCAAUACAUCCGCAUCCCGUACGCUGACUUCAACGCCUUGAAGCUCCCGCCUGGCACUGAACAUGAGAGCGACUUCAUCCUGUUGGCGGACAUUUUCCCGACAGGCUGGCAUGGCGUGACUCUCAGCGGGUUCAAGCCUGGCGAGAGCAUCGCUGUCUGGGGUGCGGGACCUGUGGGGUUGAUGGCUGCGUACUCUGCCGUGCUGAGGGGGGCGGCUAAAGUGUUCUGUGUAGACAGAGUGCCCGAACGUUUGGCAGCUGCGGAGAGGAUUGGGUGUAUUCCGAUCGAUUUCAGCAAGGGCGAUGCGGCGGACCAGAUCAUCGAGAAGAACGGUGGGAUGGUCGAUCGCGCUGUGGAUGCCGUGGGGUAUCAGGCUGUUGACACCGGAGGCAAAAAAGAGCAGCCCAAUAUCAUUCUGGAGAACAUGAUUAAAGCGACCAGGCCGUGUGGUGGGUUGGGUAUUCCUGGAUUGUACGUGCCAACCGAUCCUGGUGCGCCGGAUGAGGCGAGCGGGAAAGGAAUGAUCAGUGUCAGCUUCGGAAAGCUGUUUGAGAAGGGUCUCUCGCUGGCAACAGGCCAGUGCAAUGUCAAGCAAUACAACAGGUACUUGCGCGACUUGAUCAUCUCGGGCCGAGCGAAACCAUCGUUCGUGGUCAGCCACGAGAUUGGAAUCGACGAUGCUGAAAUGGCAUAUGAUAAGUUUGAUAAGAGGAUCGAGGGAUAUACCAAGGUGUUGAUCCAUCCUAAUGGACCUUUGUAAAUUUGUGAACUGUGAUGGAGGAAGGGAAGGUCAGGAUGUAGGGUUAUGAAUCGUCCAGAAAGCAGGAUUAUCUCAUAGUGGAUGAUGAUCAAGCGAUGGAACCUGUCAAUAUGUUUG